AUGCGUUCUUCGUCUAGCAUCUCCGAAUCUGUCACGCCUGAUAUGGCCCCCAUGCCAGCCGUGGCCAUUGAGCCCAAGGCAAUGGAAGAGGGCAAGAUGAUCAGUGAAGCGCCUCUCCAGAUCAAUGAGUCAACGUCGUCGCCGGGACUCAAUGAGUUGGACUAUGAGAAACAUGGAGCCGGGCGCGAGUCAACUCCCGUGCCGGACUUGAAGCGGAAGUUGAAGAGCAGGCAUUUGCAGAUGAUUGCCAUUGGUGGUACUAUCGGAACGGGUUUGUUUAUUGGUAGCGGUUCUGCCAUCGCCCAUGCCGGCCCCGUGGGCGCACUCAUUGCGUAUCUGUUCGUCGGCUCGCUGGUAUUCUCCGUCAUGCUCUCCCUGGGAGAGAUCGCUACGUAUAUUCCCAUCCCCGGCGCGUUUACCGCUUAUGCCACUCGUCUGGUUGAUCCCAGUCUCGGCUUCUCCAUGGGUUGGAUUUAUUGGUUUUCGUGGGCCAUCACAUAUGCGCUUGAACUGACCGCAACGGGCCUGAUCAUUCAGUAUUGGGACAGCUCAAUCAACAUUGCUAUUUUUAUCGGUGUCUUCUGGGUCUUCAUUACGUCCGUCAACUUCCUCCCUGUCAACUUUUACGGCGAGAUGGAGUUCUGGUUCGCAAGCAUCAAGGUUAUAACCGUUGUCGGGUUCAUGAUCUUCGCUAUCUGCAUUGAUGCCGGCGCAGGCAAGCAAGGCUACCUUGGCUUCCACAACUGGGUGCAUCCGGGACCCUUCGCCCCCUAUCUCAUCAAAUCCUCGCCGUCGACGGCGAAAUUCGUGGGUUUUUGGGCGGUUCUUAUCCAAGCAGGCUUUUCCUACCAGGGCACAGAAUUGGUCGGUAUUGCAGCCGGUGAGACUGAAAACCCCCGCAAAACGGUUCCGUCGGCCAUCCGCAAGACAUUCUUCCGCAUCCUGUUCUUCUUCGUCUUGACAAUCUUCUUCAUCGGUAUUCUGGUUCCCUAUGAUGACCCCAACCUUCUGUCGGAUUCCAACAAUGCGUCCGCAUCGCCAUUUGUCAUUGCGGCGAAAAUUGCUGGCGUCAAGGUCCUUCCGAGCAUCAUUAACGCAGUCCUAUUGACCGUGGUCCUCUCCGCGGCUAACUCGAACGUCUACAGCGGCAGUCGUGUCCUCGUCGGGUUGGCCCAAGAGGGCUUCGCUCCUCAUUGGUUCAAGAAAACAACCAAAGGCGGUGUUCCUUACUAUAGUGUUGCUUUCACUUCAGCCUUCGGCUUGCUUGGAUUCAUGAAUGUCUCCAACUCGGGAAGUACGGUCUUUAAUUGGUUCCAAAACAUUUCCGGAGUGGCCGGUUUCAUCACCUGGACAUCGCUGAACGCAUGCCACAUUGCCUUCAUGCGCGCUCUGAAGGCCCGGGACAUCUCCCGGGAUAUGCUUCCGUACAAAGCCAUGCUGCAGCCCUUCCUUGCUUGGUACGGACUCAUCUUCAACAUCAUCAUUAUCCUUACCCAAGGCUUCACCGCUUGGAUCCCAGUGUUCGACGUGUCAAGCUUUUUUAUCUCGUAUAUUAGCCUGAUCCUCUUCGUGGUGCUCUACCUGGGCCACAAGAUCAUCUUCCGACCGCCGUUUGUCCAUCCACUCAUGGCCGAUCUCGACACAGGCCGUACCCAAUAUGAGAAUGAGUCGUGGGAGACUACGGCACCCACGGACUCGGGGUGGAAGGCGAAGUUGCGAAACCCAUUCAAGUCGCGAGACGGAUGA